CAGCUCUCCCCGUCGUCGCCAUCUUUCUUCCGCCUCCACUCACACCCGUCGUCCACUCGCACCCCACCCCACAUCCGAGGUCAAGCUUUGAUGCGCCUACUCUGGAUCUGGCGACGGAGGCGGGAGAUGGGGAGGAGGCCGUCGCGGUGGUGUGCCUGGACCACGUCCUCAAGCACGCCGGUGGCGCCACGGAGGAGGCCGAGCGCAUCCGCCGUUGCCACAACGCCGACGGCGCCAUGGAGUACUGGCUCGAGCCGGACGAGCUCGCGGCCCUGCGCCGGGAGGUCGGCGCCGACCCGUACUGGGUGCCGCCAGGGUGGAAGCGCGGAGACCCCGUGUCCGCCGACGGCUACGCGCUCAAGGCAAAGAUGCAGGUGGAGGAGCUCAGCAAGGAGCUCGCCGGAGUAAAAAGUGCUCCAUUCGACUUACAGAGUGCUGCUUGGCCACAAAGAAAGAGAGAUAUUAAGCAGACUAUGGGUCGAAGAGGUUAUGCCCUCGAUCUCAUUGUGCCGGCAGAACCAGUUUAAGCAGAGAGUCUGAGUCCGAGGAGCUCGCCCGGAGGAAGAAGAGAUAUUCCAGUUUACAAUGGUUCAGAGAGUUGGCGGCUCGUGGGAUGGCUACUGGGCAAUGCUAAUAUGCUCCACAGUCCCAGUAGCAAAUGGAACAUGGACGCCUACUGGAUGAACAAGUAACAUGCCAGUGAUGCAUUGCAGGAGCAGAAAGGAGCAGCGAGCAGCAGCGGCGGCUGACCUCGAGCUCUCGGUUGGAGUGGAGGGAGACGGCCAGCGAGGGAUACGCGGCCAGCGGGGAAGGAUUCGGAGCUGCGGCCGCAGGCAACCGGCGGGGAAGGGCGCCGGAGAUGUGGACGACGGAGGAGCCUGGCGAAGGGGAGGAGCGACGGAGGAAGACGACGGCCCGUGCGAUUUCAAAUCGGUGGGUGGUGGAGGGGCAGUUUGGUAAUUUCACUCGUUUUCACCUGGUCGGAAAACCCCUCCAACGACAAUUAUUUCGGAACGAAGGGAGUACAUUGUAUUGUUAUUUCUUUUGUUUGACAUGACUUUUUGGUUCCUGGUACUCAUAUUUGAGUAGGCUAAUGUGCUGGAUGAAUAUGUGUGUAUUCACUUGUGUAGUGUUUAUUUUUAUAUGAAAUUUUCUAUCGGCCCUCGAUGAAUUAUUCUUGAAAA